AUGAAUCGAAGAGUUCCAUCGUAUCCUGAUUCAUUUAGUGAAUCGUACGUCAAUUCCACUAGAACGAUAUCAUCUUCAUCAUCAAUAAUAAGUACUCCAAGUAAUAGAAAACAUCAAACCAAUGCCGGAAAUCAACAGAACCAAGGAUUACUUAAUUCUCAGAAUCAAUCAACUAAUCAAUUAGGGCAAAUAAAUACCGAUAAAAAGAAGAAUAAUUUAAUUUCAAAAACCAAAAUAAAACCAAAGAAAUCCAAUGUUAAUUUAGUAAAGAAUAAACUAUUAAACCUUCAGAAAUCCCUGAAGAUUUAUACUAAGAGUGAUGAUUUCAAAAUGACUAAGAACUUCAUAGUGAGAAGACCAAUUAAUAUGAAUCACUAUGAUUAUUCAGUUUUCACUAAACGAGAUAAUUGGAAUACAAGUGAUGAUAAUUCAGACCCUGAACCCCCAUGCGUUAAAGAAAGUCAAAUUAAAGCUUGGGAAAGUGCUGAGAAAAUCAGUAAUAACUUAAUAUUUGAUCAUGAUAGUGAUUUAAGUGAUGAGGAUGAUAAUUUAUUGAAAGAAGAAGGUAAUGAUAAUGAAAUUGAUGAUAACGAUAAUUAUUUAAAGAAUGAUAUAAUAAAAUCCAUACCAGGAUACACUAAGAAUGAAUUAGAACUAAUACUAAGAAGACAUGAUGGUAUUCAAAUACUGGAAAAGAAUUUCAAACUUCUAGAAAAUGAAGAAAAGCAAGAAUUAUAUAAAUUAAGACAAUCUCAACAAGCUCAACAAGAGAAAUUCUUUAAUCAAUAUCAAACAUUAACCAACAAAAGAAAAAUUCAAGUCAAUCAAAAGAAAGAAUUAUUCAAUAAAAUAUUUGGUUACAAUAAUUUAUUAAAUCAAGAGUACAUUACUAAUAAUACAUCAUAUUCUUCUUUAGAAAAUGUGAUGAAUACUCAAAAAUCAUAUCAUGAAGAUAAAUCCGAAAUCUCAACUAUUCUAGAACAAGAUAAGAUGUUCAAUAAAAAAUUACUGGAAUUGAAGGAUAUUUUACGUAAAAAUGAUAAAUUAGGAGAAUUAAAAGAAGAAUUAGAUUAUGAAAAAUUCCAAAAAUUAAUUUAUCACAAAUUAUCCUCAAUGUAUAAUAAUGAUAAGGGUGAUGACGAUGAUGACGAAGAACUUGGUAAUUUCGUUAUUAAUUAUUUAAGAAAAUGUAUCAAGGAUGAUGAUCAUGACAGACUGUAA